AUGGUCGAAAUAAACAAAAGUUUAAAGGAGGUUCAGAAUGAUAUAACCAAACCAUUUUAUGAUGAUAACAAAUAUAGAGCAUUGGUCUUGACAAACAAUUUGAGAGUAUUAUUGGUUCAGGAUGAGAAUACAGAUAUUUCAGGUGCUAGUUUAUCAGUGUUUGUUGGUUGUCAACAAGACCCUGAGGAUUUAAAUGGCCUUGCUCACUUUUUGGAACAUAUGUUAUUUUUAGGUUCAGCCAGACAUCCAAACCCUGGUGAUUUUGAUGAUUUUAUGAAAUUAAAUGGAGGGAGUUCAAAUGCAUUUACAGAUCAUUUAUCAACAUCUUACUAUUUUGAAAUAAAAAAUGAGUCAUUUGAGCAUGCAUUAGACUUGUUUUCUGCUUUUUUUACAUGCCCAUUAUUUGAUACAAAGUAUGUUGAUAGAGAAGUUAAUGCAGUAAAUAGUGAACAUAACAAAAAUUUGUUAUCAGAUUUAUGGAUAAGAUACCAUGUGAUUUCUUCAAUAGCUAGGAAUGGACAUCCUUUGAAAAAAUUUGGGACUGGAAGCAUUGAAACUUUAAAAUUUGAGCCAGAAAAAAAGGGAAUUGAUGUUAUUGCAGAGCUAAAAAAUUUUCACAGUAGAUAUUACAGUUCAAAUAAUAUGUUUCUUACUUUGGUUUCAAAUUGCAAUCUUGAUGAACUUGAAAACUAUGCAAUAAAAUAUUUUUCAGAAAUAAUUGAUAAAAAUGUCGCUCGUAUUGAUUAUUUUAAUGAGUUCCAAAAAGAAAGACCAUAUAUAAGUAUUAUGGAAUCUCCAGAAGAUGGUGCUCUUGAAUCAAUGGUAUAUCUUGUACCUAAUAAGGAUGAAAGGAAGAUAUCUUUUAAUUUUCAGAUUCCAGAUUUACGUAAAUUUAGAAAAGGACUUCCUGAAAUGUAUUUUUCAAAUAUAUUGGGGCAUGAAGGACCUGGAAGCUUGACUUCAGCAUUAAGAAAAAAUGGUUGGUGCCUUGCUCUAAGCAGUGGUCUAAAUGAAAUGUACUCUGCUAAUUUGUUUGAAAUCACAAUAAACUUAACAGAAAAAGGUGCUAGAGAAGUUUCAAGUGUCAUAGAAUACACAUUAAACUUUGUGAAUUUGGUUGUCAAGAAUGAAAUAGAUAUGGAAGUAGUUUCUGAUCUUGAAAAGCUUUCCCAACUUGUUUUUGACUAUAGAAACAGGCCAAGCCUCGAUGAAACUAUUAAUAACAACGUAUAUGCUCUUGCUAAUUUACCCCCUUUAAAAGAAAUUCUUACUUUUGGAAAUAGAAUUGAAAAAAUGGAUGUAGAGGCAGCAAAGUAUCUCAAACAAUAUUUUGAUCCCAAAAAUAUGUUCAUUUUACUCUCAAUUCCAGAAAAUAAAGCUCUCAUUGAAGAUGAGAGACUUAAAGAUAAAUUAAUUUAUGACAGACACUAUAACAUGAACUAUCUCAAAUUAGAAUUUGGGCCAGAAAUUAAAGAAAUCAUAUCUAAUAUUAGCCUUUCUAAUGCUAGCAAAUUUGGACUUAAAAUGCCAACAAAAAAUAAUUAUAUUCCAGAAAAUUUUGACCUAAUGAACACGUAUGGCGGCAACAUGCAGUUAUUACCUACAAUUUUGGAAACCCCUGGAAACCCAUUUACUGACAGAAUCGUUGCAUAUUAUAAACCAGAUACAAAUUUUCGAACUCCGCACGGAUUUUCUCAAUUCUUUUUCUUCUCAUCAAGUAAGGUUUCAUGUGAAUUACUUGUUCUUGAUACUUUGACAUCUUUAACAUUGAGUAAAAUUGUAACGGAGGAGGCUUAUAAUGCAACUAUUGCAAAUUUAGACUAUAAAAUUUCAGGUGGCUAUACUCUACAAAAUUCAAUGAAUUGUUUAUCUAUCACAAUUUCUGGGUUUAAUGAUAAAAUGCACACUUUAUUAAAGUUUUUAAUCAAAUCUCUAGUGAAUCUUAAGAAUGAUGCUAAGAAACAACAGUACAAGUCAUUCUUUGAAGAUGCUUUAGAGGAAAGUAGGCUAUCAGUUAGAAAUUCACUUUUCAAUCCAGACAUACUUGCCCAUUUAACUUCAUAUUAUUUCAGAGAGUUUUAUUCUGCUUAUACUCCUUCAAAAGAAGAGAUUUUAUCUGUUUUAAAUACAGCUACAUACGAGAAAUUGUGUGAUCAUAUAUCCAGCUUUUUUUCUAAUUGUUUAAUAAGAUCAAUCACUGUUGGCAAUUUUAAUAAAGAUCAAGCUCGUGAACUUGUUGAAACUGUGACUGUUGAAGAGUUAUUGUCAUCCUGCUAUUCUGAUGUUACAAAAACAGAAAAGGCAAUCAUUAGAAGCUGUAUAGAUUUGAAAAAGGCAAUCGAGUUAGAUCCUGAAAUAGAAUCCAACAAAAUAAUUCUGUCCAAAUCUGUAUUAAAUCCUAUGGAUAAGAAUGGUUCAGUAAUUUAUUCAAUUGAUAUGGGUGAGUAUAAUUUGAAGAACUACGUUCUAUUGGAACUUUUAUCAAAAUAUUUGGAUUCAAAUUCCUAUUUAGAACUUCGCACAAAUCAACAAUUGGGAUAUAUUGUACAUGCAUGUAGCUAUAAUUUGAAGCCAGCCAUUGGUAUUUAUGUUUGUGUUCAGUCAUCAGAUUUCAGUAAUCCUCAUGUUAUUAAUCGUAUUCAUACUUUGAUUGAUGAACUUUUGACGGUCAAAUUAUCAGAAAAGCUUGAUGAAGAUCAGUAUAAGAUUCUAGUAGAUUCUGAAAUUAAAAUUUACUCAAAUAAACCUAAAAAUAUUAAGGAAGAGGUUGUUCAGUAUUUGGCAACAAUUACUAAUGGUGAAAUUGAUUUUGACUGGAAAAACAAGGCCAUACAAAUUCUUGAAAAUCUAACUUAUCAAGAAUUUUUCUCUUUUACUAAAAAUCUAAUUAGUAGGCCUAGAAUAAUAAUACAAUCUGUAUCGGCUUUAGAUAACAAGAAAAAUUGUGAAGAUAUAACCAAUGAUUUUGUUCCAAGUGGAUUUACAGUUAUCAAAGAUUUCAAACAUUUUAGUGAUACUAAAGCAUUAUUUAACAUUACUGCAUAA